AUGGGGUGUGUGAGCACUGGUGGAGUGGGACCAGAGGACUUACCGAGUGUGGAGAGUGCACCGGAGGAGGGGGGUCCACAGCGGAGCGGAGGCAACCAGAGGCGAGUGACGGAGGACAUGGUGGUGAGGACGAUGGAGUGGCACCUGGGGAGGGGUGCUCCAUGGCGACAGAGAGGCCACCAGAGGCAGGGCAGUGGGAAGGUGGGAGGUGGGGGAUAUGAUGCCUACUACAACAACGCCAUCUUGCCCACCAUAUUCGGCAUCAUCUGUUUCCUGGGCAUUAUGGGUAACUGCAUGGUCAUCUACACCAUCCUGAAGAAGACCAAGUGCCGCGCCAAGCAGACCGUCCCUGACAUCUUCAUCUUCAAUCUGUCCAUCGUCGACCUCCUCUUCCUCGUCGGUAUGCCCUUCCUCAUACACCAGUUGAUGGGCAACGGCUCGUGGUGCUUCGGCGCCACUAUGUGCACAGUCAUCACCACGCUGGACUCCAACAGCCAGAUCGUGAGCACCUACAUCCUCACGGUCAUGACUCUGGACCGCUACCUGGCCACGGUCCACCCCAUCCGCUUCAACUACGUUCGGACGCCGUGCGUGGCAACCGCGGUUAUCGUUCUAGUAUGGAUGCUGUCGUUGCUGACCAUCAUCCCGGUGUGGAUGUACGCAGGCCUCAUGCCUCUGCCUGGCGACCUGAUGGGCUGUGCCCUGCUACUUCCCGAUCCGUCUACCAACAUCUACUGGUUCACUCUCUACCAGUUUGUCUUGGCUUUCGCUCUGCCGCUUCUCAUCAUCUGCGUGGUCUUUUUCAAGAUCCUCAAGCACAUGGCCACCAGCGUGGCCCCCUUGCCCCCCAGGAGCCUGAGGGUGCGCACCAAGAAAGUAACCCGUAUGGCGGUGGCCAUCUGCCUGGCUUUCUUCACCUGCUGGGCCCCUUACUACAUCCUCCAGCUGGUUCACGUGGGAGUCCAGAACCCCAGCCCAGCCUUCUCCUAUGCCUACAACAUAGCCAUUAGCAUGGGCUACGUUAACAGCUGCAUCAACCCGUUCCUCUACAUUGUGUUGAGUGAGACCUUCAAGAGGCAGCUCAUCGUGGCCAUGCGGCCGGUCCACAGGAAGUUCCGGGUCAACCCCACCAGCACCAAGGAGGGUAGUGUUAGUCUGAGAUUGACCACUGACAGACCCCAGCAGGAUCAGAGCUCCAGGGAGCUGCUGCCUGCCAAUAUGGCCGAACACUGA